GCCCCCGAACAGGCGAACAACAAAAAUGGAGUUGUGAACAAGUAGCAAGUUAGCUUCCAAAGGACGUCCAAUUUCAGUUUUUUUUUGUUAUUACCUUUACAUGAGUGGAAGUUUCAAGCCGACUGAAGUGGCGUGAUGCGAUCGUAUCGAAGUCACACGUAGUUAAUGUUUUUAUAGUAGUCGUAAGAAGCUGUCGAACGGGUAAACAAACCGGUAUCUUGGCUACGACAAAGACAACAAGGCUUAGUAGCUAGCUAGCUAAAACGCUAGCAUCUGCUCGUUUUCACUUUAGUUAACAAACGGAGAGCGUGACUCGGACAGAAAUGGAGAAGUCAGAUUUCCUGAAGGGACUGCCGGUCUACAACAAAAAUAACUUCAGCAGGUUCCAUGCAGACUCGGUGUGUAAAGCAUCAAACCGCCGACCAUCGGUGUAUCUUCCAACCCGGGAAUAUCCAUCAGAGCAGAUCAUAGUCACAGAGAAGACAAACAUCCUAUUGCGGUAUCUUCACCAACAAUGGGACAAAAAGAAUACAGCAAAGAAGCGAGAGCCGGAACCAGGAGAGGGGGAGAACACGGCGCCUCCACGGAAAAUUGCCAGAACAGACAGUCGGGAGCUAAACGAGGAUUCAUGAAUUGCUGUGCUGUUGAGCCAGCAGAGACUGACUGAUUAAAAACAAAAAUGCACACACAGAUGCAGAAUAUAUGUUUGAAAAACCCAGGCCUUGACUCGGAAGCACACAAGGAUUGAUACACCCAGACCACGGCCAGCAUGACAUUAAUCCCAAAAAAACAUUGGUCUCAAUGUUUGCAUUUCACUUCAGAUCUCCUCUUUAACCAAAAAUAUUUUUUCCUCCAUUUAUUGACUGCUGUCAUACAGAUUUUUUUUUAACUUCCAAUACACCUCUGCCUCAGACUCCAGUAUUUGUAGUUUAAAUAACGUACAUCUACCUCCUUAUUCUUCAACCCCUCGAAUUUUCCUUCACAUAUGCUCACAUAGCUUUCUUUUCAACAUGCAGCUCCUCUGCUGCUGUUUAAGGGUUUACAGCUGUCGGUAUUCAUACCAUCUCUGAGAUAUGCACGUUUUAAUUUAAGUCUAUAGAAGUGGUUAAGUGGCAUGCCAUCAUUAGGAUUUUUUAGUUUUGAAUUAUGUAAUGCCAGUGGUCUUUAAAAUCUUAUUUUAGCUCAUCCUAUGUGUGAUUACUGUCGUUACAGUAACAAAAUAAAACUGCAUUGUGUUCAUGUUUAGAUUGAAUCAUCCAUUCAGGGUUUGUUAUGGACAGCUGCAGGAAAACACGAGUGCGGGAAGAGGCAUUCUUCUGUUUUCUCCUGAUGAAUAAUGACUUAUUGCCUUAAAAGGAAGCGAGUGUGUUUUCACUAUGUCUUAGAGUGACCCCCUUGGUUUACAUUGUUGUUCAGGUGAAGAAAUGAGCCACUGUUGUUAAGUUGAAUGGAUGUUAACGUGUCUAUUAAGACAUGUAAGCCAAUACAGUCAUACUGGAGGAUGCAAACAGUUUUUGGACAGUGUGACCUGCAGAUUUUGUAGCCAUAUUGCAAGUUUUAUGCUCAGUAGUUUGAAAUCAUUACUUUAUAAGCAGCAUGUAACAGGUGCAGGCUACGGGUAUGAUUCAGAGUGGACUACUGUCAAUCAUUGUUGUAAAUAUGCCAUCCACAUUUGCUUAGAUAAUGGCUCAUUUGAGUGAUAUUGAGGAAAUGUGUUUUUGGAUUUACAAGCUUUUGACCGCAGUGCUGAGUAACCACAGUUUGCAUUUGCUGCUCAUAAGGUUGGUGACACCUAAUGUUUCACAAGUCUUGUAUAUAUUUGUACAGUACGUCUGUUGUGAUUGUUCUGACCCUUUUAAUCAGGUAACAAGAAAACAAGUUGCUCUGAUUUUGUCUUCCCCAGUUUAGCCAUAUCGUUCUUUCAUUCUGUUUAGCCAAUUUGUUCUUGUAUGUCGGAGGGAUACAAGCCAGAGUUUAGUCCAUGCAAACAAAAUGCUCACUUUGCUUUGCACCUUUAGAAUCCUCACUUUUUGUGCAUCUAUGAAGAGUAAUCUGCUGCAAAUUGGGUUGGCAACAUUUUCAACGAUGCCUGGCAUGAGUCUAUUAAUGUACAUUUUUACUUUUGUAACAUAUUUGUCUUCAAAGAUUACGGAGUAUAUGUGCCGUUGGGCUGCUUGUGUAAGUAGAAAACACACUGUAAGUUUCUCAAGUAUGACUUUAAAGCAGAGACUUUCCCGGCUCUUCAUA